UUUGAGACCGAUGUUUAUGAGAAUGUUACAAUCGGCACUAAAAUUGCAGAAUUUACAGCUACGGAUGGAGAUUCUGGAGUUAAUGCCCAAUUUGAGUUCUCAAUUGAUCGCAGAACAGAUAGACAGCGCAAGUUCCGUAUCGAGCAAGUGGGAAAUAGAGGCAUUGUGUAUGUUUAUAAGGGCCUGGACAGAGAGGCCAUCCCUGAUGAUCCAGUGAGAACAAUUAAGAUUUUGGCCAUUGACAAAGGAGUCCCAGCCCAAACUGGUUCAGGUACCCUCAAAGUGAGGUUGUUGGAUGUUAACGACAAUUGGCCUCAGUUUGCCAAUGACCUUGACCCUCCACCCCGGGUGAUGGAGAAUACCCCACCAGUGGUCAGUGUGAUCACAAUUAGUGCAGUUGAUCCUGAUGAAGAAAGUAAUGGCCCACCAUUCACCUUUGCCUUGGGAGAUGGAGCUGUUUCUCCUAGAAACUGGCGCAACUUGUUCACUUUUGAUUUUACUCCACAAACCUCACCCCCUUAUGGACAGGCACUAAUUCAGUCAAGUGCCACUUUUGAUCGAGACUUAAAAAGUGUUUUUCAAGAAACCUCACCACCUUAUGGACAGGCACUAAUUCAGUCAAGUGCCACUUUUGAUCGAGAAGAGACCAAAUUCUACUACAUGCCAAUUAUGAUGCGCGACAGCGGAAACCCUGUGAUGAGUGGCACCAACACUCUGACCAUCGAGAUCGGAGAUGUCAACGACAAUGACCACAAAGCCGGUCGGAAAGAGGUGUCUGUGUAUAACUUUGAAGGUUGGAAUGACCCAGAUAGUCAGUUUAGCAGCACAGUGAUAGGGAAUGCGUAUGCUGAAGACCCCGAUGACUGGGAUAGAGUGGACAAGACAUUUACUUGGGUUGGAAGCCAGCCUCAACAUUUCAGCUUGGACCAGGACACUGGCGAUGUGAUAAUGCUGAAGGGGGCACCUGAAGGAAACUAUAAUCUGGAGGUCAAGGUCACUGAUAAUGUCCGAAAUGUGGAAGCCAUUGCCGUGGUAGUGGUUAACAUAAAAUACAUUGGAAAAGAAGCCGUGUACAGCUCUGGCUCCAUAAGAUUGACAGGCAUCACUGCAGAACAAUUUAUCGAGAGGCCCAAAGGUGGAAAGAGCAAAUAUGACAAGUUCCGUGAAUUGCUGGCCACAAAACUUGGCACCAAAACCGAGUUUGUUGAAAUUUUUACCGUCAACAACAGUGCUCAAAAUACCAUAGAUGUGCGCUAUGCUGCUCAUGGCUCCCCAUGGUACAACGCUACCAAAACAAAUGGUGUGGUUCUGUUAAACCAAGCAGAGUUUGAGAGCACAGUUGGUAUUACUGUAGGAAUGGUUCCAGUGGAUGAAUGUCUUCAGGAGACUUGUGAGAGUGGAGGAUGUACCAAUGAGCUUGUCGUGGAAAACAUCCCUCUGGUGGUGAACACAAACACUACUUCUCUGGUGGGAGUGCGUGCCUACAUCAAAGCAGAGUGCACAUGCAAAGCGCGAGAGUUUACAGAUGGGAAUACACAGUGUAGUGGAGACAGUUGUAAAAAUGGCGGCACUUGUCUUCCAAAUCUGUCAGGAUCUGGGUACACCUGUCGCUGUCCUGCUGGUUUUGAUGGUCCGCGUUGCCAGCAGAGGCGUCACAGCUUCUCUGGCAAUGGCUGGGCUUGGUACCCUUCUUUGUCUCAGUGUGAGGACAGCAAAACUAGCAUCGAGUUCCUCACAGAGAAAGCAGAUGGUUUGAUUCUCUACAAUGGUCCUUUUACGCAGCAGACGGGUGUAGAUGCUGUCACUGAUUUCAUCUCCAUUGAACUUGUACGAGGGUUUCCCAGAGUGAAAGUGGACCACGGUACUGGAGUCCUGUCCCUGCAGUUCAGUGCGGCAGACGGCAUGCAGCCAUUGAAUGAUGGAAAAUGGCACGAGAUUGCCGUCUACAGAACUGGAAGGAGAGUUAGAGUUGUGGUUGACAACUGUGAGAAUGCCCAGGUCAUUGAAAAUGAUGGAAAUACUUCAACGGAGGACACGCGACUGUGUGCAGCAGAGGGAGAGACCCCUGGUGAGAAUAAGUUUAUCAACGUCAACCUACCUCUGCAGUUAGGAGGACGCCAAAAUCCAAAUUUCCCAGCAGAGGUCACCAGUGGAGGAUUUGAUGGGUGUGUGAAGAAUUUGAUUCAUAAUGGAGAGCUGUAUGAUCUACACAUUGGGGACACGGGCAUGCACGAGAACUCCGCAGAUGGAUGCCCGCGAGAGGAUGCGAUCUGCGAAGGUGUCAAAACUGAUGCUAACAACAUCAAACUUGCCGGAGAGCAAGCUGGACCCAAAUGUGGGGCAAAUGGCACCUGUGUUGUGACCAGCCUUAGUGAGAGAACGUACAAGUGUAUUUGUAACCCUGGCUGGCGAGGUCUUCAGUGUUCCACAGCCACCACUGUUGUGGAUUUCCAAGAAGACAGUUAUCUGAUGUGGGUCAUGAAAGCGAACUAUCAGUCCACAUUGGACAGUAUGGCAUACCAGCGUAAUGUGGAGAUUCAGCUGAUGUAUCGAACACGCGACACACAUGGCCGCGUCUUUACGGCCACCAAUAGUGCAGGAAGGGAGUACAUGAGAUUACAGAUCCAAGACAUGAGACUUCAAUUCGUCUACAACCUUGGCUACAUUGAGCAAAGCGUGUCCCUGGACUAUGUCAAUGCUUCUGAUGGCGAAUGGCACGUUGUAAACGUGAAACGAUUCGGCAAGCACGUCAUCUUGACCAUGGAUCAAGGAGAAGGGAAAUACUAUGCCGAAAACCUUGGAGCUGCCGUCGCCCACCGCCUCAUGAGAAUAAACCAAAGGAGAGUUUACGCAGGGGCUGAGCUUAAUGGCAUUGACGGGUCGUCCAAUCGGAUAGUACCUGAUCAGGAUUUGUCAAACACCUGUAUGCAGGAUGUGAGACUCUUUGGCGAGUGGCUCCCCAUGAUGGAAUCCGAAGAAUCUCAAAGCACAAUAGCCGAGGUAGAUCGCUCUGAAAAUGUUGUCGAGGGUUGCCCAUCUGAUGCAUGUGCGGGCUUCGUGUGCCCUCCUGAUACUGGCUUGAUAUGUGUUGACCUAUGGAGACACGCCGAGUGCAGAUGUCCAACUGGAGCCAGAUAUGAUGCAACUCUGGCCGUCUGUGUGGACAUCAACGAAUGCCUCCUCACUCCUCCAGUGUGUCAGAAUAAUGGGAAAUGCGUCAACCUCGAAUUCAGCUACAGGUGCGAUUGCCCGGCAGGUUAUUCUGGUGACAACUGCCAAUUGUUUUUGGGUUUCACAGGAGCAGCUGCCGUGGCCCCUGCAGUAUGGGUGGUCAUUGCUAUUGUGAUUCUUCUUAUCAUAGGACUUCUUAUUGGAGCUGUGCUCUACCAGCGCCGCAGAACUGGUGCGGAGAAAUAUCUGAUUGACAUUGAUGUUGAUGAUGACAUGAGGGAAAAUGUAGUCAACUAUGACGAAGAUGGAGCUGGUGAGGAAGACCAGGAUGCAUAUGAUAUCAGUCGUUUAAGUAAACCCAUGAACGGUACACCUAGCAUGAUGAAGUCUCCACUUAAUGAAGAUAUUCCACGUGACAGGACAAAAGGUCUAGGCCAAGCCCCAGGGGACCCACCUGAUGUUGGUGACUUUAUCCACCAACGCCUGAAUGAUGCAGAUGAGGACCCAGAUGGUCCGCCAUUGGACAGUUUACGGGAAUAUGACUAUGAGGGUGGCGGAAGCACAGCAGGAUCACUGAGCUCGCUGAAUUCCAGCUCUUCAAGUGAAGACCAAAAUUUUGACUACUUAAACGAUUGGGGACCAAGGUUUGCUAAGCUUGCAGAAAUGUAUGGAGCAGGACAGAGCGAGGAAGACGAUUAAAUGGAAAACUGAACUUAAGCAAAAACACAAGAUUAGAAGAUACAGCAGCUGAGAUCCCAUCUACUAAUUAGAUAAGCCUAGGUUGAACUCAACAGAACUCGGAUGUUGCAGUUUUAAGAUGAGCAUGGAGAGCAUGCCCACAGAAAAAUUGUGUGAGGUACACGUGCCACUUGGUUUGUUCUCCACUUGCUCCAUUUUACAGUGUGUGCACAUUUCUAGGAAUUUAUUCAGACUGUUAAGUGAAUUUAGUUUCAUUUGACAUUACUAAGUCUGCAGCUGAGAAGUUGAUGAGACUUCUCCAUCACAUUUUCCCCACAGUAAUCGACAAUUUCCAUUUGUCUUGUCUAUUUGUAAAUUCUUAGCUGGAAAGAGGAUUGAAAACAUUCAACAUACUACAGCUGUAGAUAUGCAGUGCAGAUGCUUUUCAUUAUAAUAUGCCAAGCCAUCCUUGUCUGCCAUUCUAUUGGUGCAUUUUGGCAGUUUUUGUAGUUGCUACCCAUUUUAGUUAGAGUGUACAAUGGUGAAUCUUUCCUUGUGCUUUUUUUUUUUACUAAACAUUAUUGAAAACUUUUUAUACAGCAUUCUCCUUUUUAAUAAUUCAGUCGAAACAGGCAUUGCUUUCAACACCGAUGACAUUACCACAACUUAUAAAAUGUGUUAAUACCAACAAAUGUCACAACUUAUGCAAUGCUAACAUUAUUCACAACAAGCACUAUUAUUGUGUCACACAAUUGCCACAACAAAUGCAGUCACAGUCUCUUAAAUAACUGAAUGAAUUGCUUCACUACAAUGUACAUGUUCAGAAAGAAUUUUAUUUUUCAUCAUAUAUUUAGUUGUGAUAGGUAUAUUUUUACCUGAAUCGUCACAGUUGUAAGAAAUGUUUAUCUCUGUGUCAACAACAUCAUUUCUAUGUUUAUAUUAAGAUUAUUGAGUGUAUAAAAACAUCCAUGUGGUUGAAUAUGUAUGAUCAUUGUUAAAGAUUGGCACACUAUCUAUGAUGCAUUGCACUGAAGCUUAAAUGUUAAUAAUCUCAUUCAUUGGUGAUUGGUUAAAAAUCAACCAAUCAAACAAAAACUCAUAACUAGCAUCACAACCAAAUUUUUCAUGUAGAAGUCUUGCUAAUCUUGAAUAGAUGUUCCAUCUUAGCAAAGCAGAUUGUAAGAUCUGCUUGGGGUAGUGAAACAAAUAUAUCUAACAGAUCAUUCCAAAAGGUUUAUAUAUAUAAAAAGGGCCUUGAUCUCAUGCAUUAUAAUUUUAUAAAAUAGUUUCUAUAAUACUUGGAAAUAUUAUCACGGUAUGUAAUAUAUAGUGUUAGUAAUUGUCAUGUUUAGUCUAGAGAUUACCCUUUACACCGAGUUCGUAUUAAUUGUUUUUCAUCACUUUAGAGGAAAAUCCACGCCCUGUCACUUGUUUUUAUUUGCCAUUGUGAAUGUCAACAUAUCUGUAUCGCAAAGUUGAUUAUGUAUAAAGUAUUAUUUGAGGAAGUUUCUGUACAUGUGUCUCUGAAAAAAAAGUACAAGAAGCCUCUUGUCCUUGUAUCGGUUAUGGAGAAAGAGUUUCAUUUGUGUAAUUUGAUGUGCGUUUGUGCUGAAAGUUGUAGAAACUCACGUAGUGAUAGAUAGAUUGUUGGAGGUCUUCGUAUCACUUUUUACUUAUGAAGUAAAGUGCUGUAGAUCAAGAAGCAAGUAAAGUAUUGUCUUUAAUUUCAUUAUUGUAUGUUUGCGGAAGAAGGGACACAUUUAUAGAUUCCGUUUUACCUGAAAGGCGCGAAGAGCUGUUUUUGGAUUGCAUGUAAAUGAUCCUUUGUUUGAAUAAAAAUAAAGAUAAUUAUAAAGUUAGAAAGAACAAUGGUACAGAUAAUAUAUCAGAAGACGAAAUGUGUAAUCUUUGUAGGUAGCUGCUUUGCAAAGUGCAAUUUUUUGUAGUGAUUUUUUUCUGUAGUUAGGACCGUGGGUUACAAUGUAGCACUAGAUUUCACCAACUUGUAUUGUUAAAACGGUAAACUAUGUUUGAAGAAUGAUACAAAUUUAAUUGCAAAUGUAUUUCAAUGGAAUGAAGUUCCAAACUUUUACUGAGGUUUGAAAAAGAGUUCAGCAGAAAUUAAAACCUGUUAUCAAAAUGUUUCUUUGUAUGGUGUAAAAGGCAGGUGAGCCCACAGAUUUCUCGCUGCUAAAGACCUGUCCUCCAUGCUCUUGAGAUGAAAUUUUUCCAUUGAAAUUACCUGGCCUGAAAUUACCUGGACUGAAAAAUGCUGCGCGCUAUGCGAUAUCAAUAUUUAGAAGAUAUAUUUAUACACAUUUGCACAACUUCGUACUACUUGUAGAGUUGUAUUUUUAUUUCAUCAUAUGAAUUUAUAUAUAUAUAAUAUGUAUUGCUUCAUCAUCUAUAGCACGUAGAUAUUCUCGUUUUACGGAAGAUGAAAGAAAAGCUCAUUUUAUUGUCUCUAUAUUUGUACAUACCGCUUAUACUGUGCAUUUUGAAUAAACUGAUUUUUAAUGAAAC